GACCCUGACAGACCUGCUGAAGCAGCAGGGGGGCGAGUUGAGCUCGGUGGAACACGUUGCGUCCAGUUCGCCAAACGGAGGACGAGCCAACGGAGUUUCAACCCGGAUGAAGCGCAGCAGGAGUGAACAUUACCAUCUGAAUAACUCACCGUUUGCUCAGGGGCUUCCACACCCGCACAGCAACCACAGCAGCGUGGGACUCAACAAGUACAGCUCCCUCAAAGCAGUGGCUCAAACUGCAUCUCGUAGCUACUACAAGAGCUUCCCUCUCAUGGACUUCUCUCAGUUCCAGCCGGUGCCAAUCCCACCGACAGAGAAGUCUUACAUCCACCAAACGGAUACCUCGCAUCGGGACCUCCACGCCCCGCUCUCCAUCUCCAUCCCCAGCAGCCACUUGGAGCAUUCCCACCUCCCAAAAUCAACCACGCUUCCUUUUCUUUCCAGCUCGGCCUUCAAAGCCUGGGAACCCACGCAGUGCCAUGUUCAAAGGCAGGCUUCGGCUCGAGGUUACGCCCCAUCUAACCACAUUUCCUCACGUAGACAUGGCUAUUCUACGCGAAGGCAGCAGAGCAUAGAGAACAUGCCGGAUCUCUUCAGCCAGCCCUAUGGAGGCAUGUAUGCGGCGGGACAGGCGCAUGUUCAACACCAACCUCAACCUCAACCUCAACCUCAACCUCCGUAUAACCACCACCACCACCAGAGGCAGAAGAGCUACAGCACCACCGAGGUGACCGUUUAAGUGCCGGACAGCAGCUUGUUGUGAUGUUAAAACAGACCAACAAAAAGCUUUGGUGUAAACCAGAGUUUGGGAGAGUUGGCCAGACAGGGGAGGGGUGAAAAACAGCGAGAUUCGUUCAGAUUUACGUGAUGAAAAUAGUUGUUUUGAUAAGUGUAAACAGGGAGAUUUAGGAGUGAAACAAAGAGCAGAACGACGUCUCUUUACAGAAUUAGACUCUGAAGGGUCUUGUACAUUGAUUAUAUUAAGUGCAGCUUUUAGAGCAGUGAGCAAACUAGAUUUUGUCCGAUUUGUCCGGAUGAAACGUGAGUUUGUGUUAGCCAGGAAGCUCCAGUUGAGUUUAAGUAUUCAGUAAGUCAUCAGUGCAUGGCUCCUGGUCAGUGAUUUAAAUAAACAUCCCUACACAAUGACCUUGGCACUGACAACAACUGCAGUCAGAGGCAAUGCAAUUUAGCGCUUAUGUGAAGAUAUUUAAAUGUGGUUUCUGUGGUUUCCCUACAGGCGUUAGACUCAGGAAUUAUUAAUUAAAAUGUAAAGAAACAAUACUUUAUCUUAAUUAGACAUCUGUAGAAACUGAAACAACAUCGAUAAAACAAACCCAUUUAUCAUUUUGGUCUUUCUUGCCCAGAGUUAGAUAAAAACAUCAAUAUCUGUGCGCCAAAUAUGAAGCUCCUGUUAGCGGUUAGCUUAGCCUAGCAUUGGUUACAACAUAAGUACAAGCGCAGUAACUUCCUGGAGUCUUGUCUUUGGAUUUGACAUAGUCAACAAAAGGUAGAGGGUUAUUUGAGGAGAUUUCAAGUAGAUUUAGUUACUUGUUGAGAUUGAAAUAGAUCAACUGUUCCCCCCUGUUUCUAGUCUUUAUGCUAGAGCUAAGCUAACUGGCGUAGCUACAUAUUUAACGUACAGUAACAAUAAUGUUCUUGCAUUUUCAUCUAACCUUCUGCAAGAAAGCUAAUAAACAUUUUCCAAAACUGCUGGAUUGUUCCCCUAAUAACUAAGUCAGCACUGCAUGUGAUAAUACAGCCAAUAAUAACAGCAGAAAGUCCACAUAGUUAAUCAAUGGAAUAAAUACUCUAAUAAUAAUCUUUCUAUCAAUUGAUUUUUGUCAAAAACAUAAAAACUGUUUAUCAGGCUUGGUUGAGAAGUCUGAGAGUCAUUCAAAAUCUCAGUAAAUCGAGUUUGAAGUCUGAUAUGGAGCCAAGAAAUCUCUCAAAUGUUAGAAAAUGUGUUGCUCUUGGUCUAUUAUGGACAUCGUGUGAAAUGGGGCAGUACAAAUCAACUAAUUUCAAGCAUAAAUUGAGGUGUUAUAACAUAUGUAAGGGUAUAUAAUGGGUUCAGGCAAAGUCUAACUUUGAGGCAUUUUAAUAGAAAGAUUCUCAACAAGACUCUAUUUCUCAGUGAAAUGUACAUCACAUCCCAUUUAGUUUCAGUAUAAUCAUGAAUCAUCUCAUGGUGACACACUUCAGGUCAUUUUCGAUCCCUUUAGAUGCCUUUCUGUGCAUCCUUUGCUACGUUCCCUCUUGUAAAAACACCUCUACUAGUUUGCAUCUCUCGCUCUACCUCCAUGCACAGCCGACUUCUCCUCGUUUUCUCUCCCGCCACCACCCUCUUUUUUUUCCACGAGGAAGCGCUUUGCAUUCACUAGCAUCUGGCCGAGCACACAGCUCCCCGGGGGUCACAUUAACUCGAUGGUGAGGACAAUGCCACCAUCAUGUCAGCUCCCAUCAGCCUCCAUCCCCAGCAGAGAGAGGCAGAGGGGGACGGUGCGAGAGCCAGAGGCUGGGGGCUCUUUAGAAAAGAGGAGAAAGGAAGGAGAGAAAUAGAAAAACAAAUGAAUAUGGCCGCCUGCUUUCUUUCCUCGGGGGAUGGGGAAAGGGAAGGAGUCACUGUGGAUCUGGGUCUCUCACUACUAACUUGUCUGGGUCAUAAAUCACAGUGUGUGGAUGUGUUUGCGAUUUCCAAACCCCAGGCACCAAAACAGGGGAAUUCACUGAGGCACUUCCACGCCUGGAGGCUUUGGAAGUUUCUCAUCUUGCCUCUGAGAAUCGUAGAGCAAAGGACAGUGUGCAGAGCUGCUGUUGUGAACAUGCAACAGUUAAUGCAUUGGACUUGUUGGUAGAAGUUUAUGUCUGCAACACCCUCAGGAACCGCACAAUGAAGUGAACUGUUAAUAAUGAUUGCAUGUGUCCAGAAAAGCUUCCCUAGGAUAGUAAUGUUUGUGUCGAAAAAGUAGAGGAUUUUAGGAAAAAAAGUGCUUUUGUAGAGCCAAGAACACCUGGACAAAUCACACAACAAACACGGCAAUAUUAAGUGACCAAACCCCUCUUUUCCGCAAAACUACACCCAUAUAAAAAUCCUAAAGCACUUGCCAUGAAACUGACAAUAUUUUGUAAUACCAAUGUCAUAAACAUAUGCAGCAAAUUAUAGAUCUGAUAUGUCAAACUAAAGUUCUGUUUUUUUUUGAGAGAGAAAACAUUAGCCUGAGUCCAAUCAGCAGGUUUAUUCUUUCUCACAUCCAUUUAUUUUUCAAGUUAGGUUGAUAUAUUUCCAGAUGCAAGACGUUGUAUUUGGUAAGUUUGGCUGGCGUUUCCUGUAAAGUUUCCCCCAUGAUGACUUAUUAUGAGCACCUUGCUGCUGAGGGACAUCAUUUCACUCAUAUGCUAACAAACAAACCAUCACAGUCUUCGGUCCUUACAUUUAAAAACCAUCAUAUUUAACGAUUCCUAGAAAAUGUAGCAUUGAUGUUUUGGUCCCAAAAAAACAACACAGAAAUCAUGAUUUCUCCUUUUUCCAUUCACCCAUAAUUUGACACAAAAAUAUUUUUUUCAAAUACUGAAGUAAAAGAUUCUGGGAAGCCCAGCAUUUCGUGUUAGAGUCACGAAAUUAAUUUAAUCUAUUGAUUCGUGUUCACCAACACGAUUUUCCCAUUUCUUUCGUGUCACACAGAACGAUUUUAAAAGCAAUGUAUUUCUAUUGGUAAGAUGUUUCG